UUUCAGAUAAUAAUAUCCAGCACUGCAUCGAAGUUGCGCUGACAGACUUCUCUGUCAGCUCCGAGGGAAUGAUCAGAAUCUAAUGCGGGGCUUCUGACUCCUGGAUCUGUUCAGAUACGUACACUACAUUUGAAGAUAUCGUGGAGUGUUGUCCUUUGCAAGAAAAAGCGCAAGUGAAAGAUUGUUUGCAACAAAAGAUGCCUGGAAUCAUGUCAUCCAGCAGCACAUCGUCGUCCACCUCCGGCUCUCCCCCUUCCUCCUCCACCACCAUCACCUCCUCCUUGGCUUCCUGGUCCUCUGCUUGCUGCUGCAGCCGCUCCGCCUUCUGCAAGAACUACGACCUGGAGUAUGACUCCUACCAGCCUUACUUCUAUCCAGACGAUUACGGCCCCGAGGCGGACUUCUAUCCGCCCAGCGAGGACAUCUGGAAGAAGUUCGAGCUGCUGCCCACCCCCCCGCUCUCCCCGAGCAGGGCUGGCUGGUGCGGGGCAGCGGCUCUCGGCGACGAAGACUGGGUGUCCGAGUUGCUGUUGCUGCAGGAGGAUGGAGAGGGCGAGGACGGGCAGCUGGCCUCGGAGCCCGGAGGCAUCCGCUGCUGCGGCGACCCGAUUGCCGCCAGGGGUGGAGGGAUUGCAGCGGGAGGAGGAGGAGGCGGCGGCGGCGGAGGGGGAAGCUGCUCCAGCGGCAGCAAGAGCCUCCUGAACGCCAUCGUGCUGCAGGACUGCAUGUGGAGCGGCUUCUCGGCCAGGGAGAAGCUGGAGAAGGUGGUCAAUGAGAAGCUGUCCGCGGCUCAGCAGGGCAAGGCUGCCAGCCCGGGAGCUGGUGCAAUGGGCACCCUGGCUGUCGCUGCAGGCGGGGCAUCCGCGGACGCAGCCGGCACCAGCAGCCGAUGUAUCGCCCUGGGUGCCCAGGGCUCCGGCGGUAGGCACUCCAGCAUCGGCGAGCUCCAGCACCCCGCCUCGCAGUGCGUAGACCCAGCUGUGGUGUUCCCCUUCCCGCUAAACCGAGGCGAGGCGUCCCGGGGCGGAGCGGUGAUUAACCCCGCUUCUAAUUCGCUCGCCAGUUCCGGGAACGAGACCCCCAGCGAUUCCGAGGAGGAAGAAGAUGAUGAGGAGGAGGAGGAAGAAGAUGAGGAAGAGGAAGAAGAGGAGGAGGAAGAGGAAGAAAUUGAUGUGGUGACUGUUGAAAAGCGUCGGUCAUCCUCUAGCAAGCACGUGACCACCCUUACUGUGACUGUACGUUCCCACAACUCUGGCUGUGGGUCACCGAAAAGCCACAGUGCCUCCCUGCUCAAAAGGUGUGCCCCAAUACAUCAGCAGCACAACUAUGCCGCACCUUCCCCCUACGCAGAGUUCGAUGAGAUGCCGCCUCUGAAGAAGUUGAAAGGCGAGACCCUGCGCCUUACCAAGCAGGUGGCCUCCACCAGAUCCAAGAGCGUGAGCCCCCGCGGAUCCGACUCCGAAGACAACGAGCGGCGGCGCACUCACAACAUCUUGGAACGCCAGCGACGGAAUGACCUGCGCUCCAGCUUCCUCACUUUACGGGACCAAAUACCUGAGCUGGUGAAAAACGAUAAAGCAGCAAAAGUCAUCAUUCUGAAAAAGGCCACAGAUUACGUGCGGGCUCUCCAGUCAGAAGAGCAGAAACUGUUGUCGGAAAAAGAGAAACUGAAAGCCAAGCAGCAAGUGCUGGUAAAAAGACUGGAAGAAAUAAGGACUCGCUAGGUUAAAGGCUGCCCUAACUGGUUGAAUGCCAUUUUUGCACAAUUUAGACGUCAAGAAUGUUUCAGAAGUUCUUUUUCUGGGUUUUCAAUCCAGCUGCAUUUAAACAUGGACAAAAUACUUCUAAAGCCUUAGAGGUACAUGUAUGUGUGAAUGGAGAUCACAUUUCAGAGGGCACACUGGUAGCCUAUUUCAAAACCUAUGUAAAUACUAGUUUAACAAUCGCCUUUUUCAUGUGAUGGUCUGGGUUAAGAGAAAAACUAGCCACAGCCUAUGCUGCCGUUUUUUUGGACUGGAAUUUUAUACAGAAUAAUACCUCAACGUUUGAGGAGCAUGAAUUUUUCCUAUAAAGACUUCUUGUUAAUCCUUGUUAUGUACUGUACUAAUUCUUACACUGCCUGUAUCCUUAGUGUGAUGCUGAUACAUGACUACAUUUGAUACCUAUAUUUUCGUAUGAAAAUGAGUUGUGAAAGGUUUGAGUAGAUAUUACUUUAUCACUUUUGACUAAAAUUUCUUUUGUACAGAAAUUACUAUAUAUGCCUCUUACCUAGCCUCUCUGUUUGUGUUGCUGUUGGGUUCCUAGAACUGGGUAAUUGGCUGAGUUAUGUGUUUUUUCAUUAUGUACAUAUAGUGCUGCAACUUAUAGCACUUUUGAAAUACCUCAAGUUUAUGAAAAUAAAUCCUA